UGCUAAACAGAAAAGGAAGGCUCCCGUCAAGAUGGCUGCGUUCAUGUAGACGAUGCUUUUAUGUUGUGUAACAUUACAAUCUACUUUAGGACACGUUAUUAGAUAACUAUAAGAUGGCAGGUCGGGGGAGAGGAAGGGGCAGGGGGAUGUCCUUUAAUAUCGAAGCACUGGGGUUUGGACGAGGCGAAACACUUCCCGGAGCAGUACAACAACCACCACCACUGUUUCCACCAGUCAAUUACAAGGCGGUUCCCCUGGCAACAGGAGAGGACUAUGACUACAUGCAGGCGCUGAAGCAAGAGUUCCGCGGUGCCAGCCGCAAGUCACCAUUCUUCCUCGACUUGAUGGAGAAGAGGAAGGACAUAGAGAGGUACUCGGACAAAUACCAACUUGGGCAGCAGGACAACUGCUCGGGGUGGACACCAGACUGGCGCAGGUUGCCAGGGGAACUGAAGAUUAAGACCAAGAGACCUCAUUCUGCCAGAAGCAAUGCUAAGCCCAACUUGAAGAAGGCAAAACUGAAGAGUGAAGUGGACAUUGACAAGACAUUGGAGAAACUGGAAAAAAUCCCGGAUGCAGAAGAGGGGAACAAAGAAGAGAAUGAGAGACAGAAAGAAGAAGACAGAGAGGAGGAAGAGGCCGAGGAGCUGUAUGAGGAGGAGGAGCUGGAGGAGGAAACUGACUACAACCUGAACUACUUUGACAAUGGUGAAGGCUACGGUGAUGACGAUGAUGAUGUGGACGAAGGACCCAUUUAUUGAGAUGCAGGAUAAAUCUGUAUGUGGAAGUGUUAUGGCGCUGUGGUGACAAGUGCUGUGGUGACAAGUGCUGUGGUGACAAGCGCUGUGGUGACAAGAGCUGUGGUGACAAGUGCUGUAGUGAAAAGCGCUGUGGUGACAAGUGCUAUGGUGACAAGUGGUGACAAGCGCUGUGGUGACAAGUGCUAUGGUGACAAGCGCUGUGGUGACAAGUGCUGUGGUGACAAGCGCUGUGGUGACAAGUGCUAUGGUGACAAGUGGUGACAAGCGCUGUGGUGACAAGUGCUGUGGUGACAAGUGCUGUGGUGACAAGCGCUGUGGUGACAAGUGCUAUGGUGACAAGUACUAUGGUGACAAGCGCUGUGGUGACAAGCGCUGUGGUGACAAGCGCAGUCCUAACAAGGCUGAUGUUACUGUAUCUGUAACCUGAAUGACAUAAGGGCUUCUUUGUGGAAAAAAGGAUUUGACCGGACAUUACUCAGCAUAGAAUGUGAAAAAGUGUGAUUGAUUUUGAGAUGUGGUAAAGGAUAACAGUUUCAUACAAGAGAGGUGUGUCAGUGUGUGACUGGUAAUUCACUCUGAGUAACCGAUGGGCUUGCCGACGCAGAACACGUCUCCUUUACCCGGUGCUUGGUGUGUGACCGGGAUGAGUGUGUGUCAUCAUACCCAACUAUCAGGAAUUGUUGUUCAUGUGAUGAGCUACUUUUGUGUCUGGGACAGACAGACAGGUCAUUAUCAUAAAACAUCAUAUUACUGACUAUGAGCAACAUUUAGUCACCAAUUUCAUUAAAUCAUCUGACAGUUCUGUAUCACAAAAAUAAAGUUGAACAGCCAGUUCCAAAUGUAAACAAUAAUGUCCAUGCCAUUAUUUUAUGGAUAUUGUAUACAUCCUGCUAUGACAUCUACACCUGACAUUUAGUUCCAUUGAAGCUGGAUCAUUUCAAGCAUCUGAUUGGCUCAAGAACCCAUGGAUCCUUUAGUUAGAUUGGAUAGUCAAAGUUUGCUCACCUGAACACUUCACACAACUGUUGAUGGAAGGCCAGCAUUAGAAACUAACAGUUUUACUAACAGUUUUCGUCCACUAGUCCUUAUAAUGAUAACAUAUAGCAAAACCCUUAAAAAUGGCAAUUUUCUACUGGUCCUUAUGAUACCUUUACCAUUGGGCAGUUUGGCAAGGACUAUAGGACUAGUGACAAUUUCUAACCCUGAAGGGUUGUCCGUUCUUCACACAGAUAGCAUCGUAUUGGAGUACACUAUCUGACUUUGAUGGGAUUGAUUCAGUCACGGGUUCAUGGGAUCAAUUUGUCAGCCUUUGUUAUUGAUGUUUGCAAGUUGUUUUCAACCCCAUCAGGAUGUGGAUUUAUUUGAACUCAGACUCGACAUCACGUACCAGAUUUGAUUGAGCUCUGACACCAGCUGUGUAUUGCAUGCAUUGAUUGCCACUGAAUGUUACAUUCAUGUAUGUGAAUCGCUGCUAUGUUGAAAACUGCUGACAAGCACUUUGGAGUGACUAGCAAUGUGAAACAUUAUACUGCGUUCAUCCUGUCUGUAACCCUGUGUGUGAGACACUUCGACCGUUCUGCAGGCAGAAUGCAAUCAAUAUGAAACAUUUUCACUUUU